GUGUGAGCCACCAUGGCCCGGCUACUUUUUCUCUUUUGAGUUUUCCCUUCCUGACAUCGUCUGGCUCACUUAUCUGGGGUCUGUCUUUCCCCCUGCAUGUGAAUUUGGUGAGCACAGGACAUCAUUUAGCUUCUCCCACUGUGGCAGAGUCUCUGGUGCCCAGUGUGUAGAGCUCGGUGAGGAGCUAAUGCACUGGCAAUGUUUGUUGAAUGAGUGAUGACAGGUAUGGAACGGAGUGUGUCAGGAGUCCUGUUGUCCACUCUCGUGUUCAUUCAGAGCUUGCUGCUUUGACUUGUUAGAGAGUAGAGUCAACAGGCCACACUGCUCUCUGAUUUUCCUCCGUAGGCCUCUCCUGGGAGUGGACCACUGGUGACAACUACACAGUCUCAGGUAGUUUGCCUUCGUUGGCAGCAAGAACCGUGUCCCCCAUGACUUCGCUGGUGGCAUAUGAUGAUUCCGACUCAGAGGCUGAGACUGAGCCUGCUGGAAGUGUGAAUACUGGUGGUCAGAUGACAGACAUUUCUCGUGUGGCCAGACCUCUUGGGCUGGGUUUUGUACCUGGUGCUGUGGAUGUGACAAAAGAGGGGGCACAGCUCACAGACCUUGUUCCUUGUGCAGACCUCAGGGAACGGCGUCUCCCACUGGUUCAGCUCUGGAAAAGUGACCCGGGAUCCUGCCCUAGCCAGAGGCUGCAGUGGCCCUGGAAGGAGCCUGAAGUCACCUUCCCCAUCAGCGAGCCUCCUCGCCCUUCUCUGUGGAUAAGCCGUGCUCCGGCCGACCAUGUACCCCUGGCAGCUGCCUGUUUAAAACAAGUGAAACCCUCCUUGUGUUCUCCCAAGUCAUCUUUCCCCAUUCAGCAUAAAUCUGAAACCACAUGUAGAAAUGUUGGCUCUUUCCAGAGGAAAAGGGGUGAGGACUGUGUGGUUCCAUAUACCCCGAAGAGACUGAGGCAGCUACAAGCCUUGAGUGCAGAGACAGGUGAGGGUACAAAUCUGGAGCCUCAGGGCCCCCCUGAAAAGUGCACCCCAGCCCCUCUCUGUGUGGCCCCCACAGUGUCUGAGGUGAUCCAGCCACAUUUGAACAGUCAGUACAGGGAGACCAAGGUUCCCAGGAAAGUGCUCUUCCACCUGCGAGGCCACAGGGGCCCUGUCAACAGCAUCCAGUGGUGUCCAGUCUUUUCUAAGAGCCACAUGCUUCUCUCCACUUCUAUGGAUAAGACCUUCAAGGUAUGGAAUGCUGUAGACUCAGGCUGCUGCUUACAGACCUACUCCCUACACAGCGAGGCUGUUCGGGCGGCACGGUGGUCUCCCUGUGGCCGGCGCGUCCUCAGUGGUGGCUUUGACUUCGCCCUGCACCUAACAGACCUCGAAACAGGAACCCAGCUAUUUAGUGGUCGAAGUGACUUUAGAAUCACUACCUUGAAAUUUCAUCCAAAAGAACAUAGCAUUUUUUUAUGUGGAGGCUUCAGCCCUGAAAUCAAAGCUUGGGACAUAAGGACUGGCAAGGUGGUGAGAGGCUACAAGGCGACCAUCCAGCAGACCUUGGACAUCCUCUUCCUCCAGGAAGGGUCCGAGUUCCUGAGCAGCACGGAUGCUUCCACUCGGGACUCUGCUGACCGCACCAUUAUCGCCUGGGAUUUCCGGAGCUCUGCCAAAAUCUCCAACCAGAUUUUCCACGAGAGGUACACCUGCCCCAGCCUUGCCUUGCACCCGAAGGAGCCUGUGUUCCUGGCACAGACCAAUGGCAACUACCUGGCUCUCUUCUCUGCUGUGUGGCCCUACCGGAUGAGCAGACGGCGGCGCUAUGAAGGGCACAAGGUGGAAGGCUAUGCAGUAGGCUGUGAAUGUUCCCCAUGUGGUGACCUGCUGGUGACGGGCAGUGCUGAUGGCCGGGUCCUGAUGUUCAGCUUCCGUACUGCCAGCCGGGCCUGCACGCUGCAGGGGCAUACGCAGGCCUGCCUUGGCACCACCUACCACCCCGUGCUACCCUCUGUCCUUGGUACCUGCUCCUGGGGAGGAGACAUCAAGAUCUGGCACUGAUGUCAGCAGGCUGGGGCUCCCUUCUUCGGGGAGGGGGUAUGUGCAGAGACUGGCUUCAGACCUGGGCAGAGGCUGCCUCCACCCCCUGCUGAGCCUAAGUUUCCUCUUCUGUGUAAUGGGGGCAAGAACCUGUCUCAGGGUAUGAGGACUGCUUUAGGGAAAGCACCUGCCAUGUGGCUGCUGCUGAUAUCCAAUAAAUGUGUGUUCUGCUGUUUCUCAUAUGACUUUGGCAACAAACGUGUUAG